AUGGAUCGGCUCUGCAUUGACAUCUGGCAUCAGUUCGACUCGAGUCACAACAAAUUACAACCGCCGAAUACUGCUGCGGCCGUCAAAGAAAUGGCAACAACCAACGGAUUCCCAAACGAGAUUAAGGCGUCCGCCCUGGACCUCAUCGGUGAGACACCGAUCAUCGCCUUGGACAGAAUCUACCCGGGGCCGGGGAGAAUUUUGGCGAAAUGUGAAUUCAUGAACCCCGGUGCGUCGAUCAAAUGCCGCUCGUCGCUGCACAUGAUACGGAAGGCGAGGGAGAGUGGGGCGUUGAAGCCGGGUGCUCCGGUCGUCGAGGUAACAUCGGGCAAUCAAGGCUGCGGCCUCGCGGUUGUCUGCGCGGUGAUGGGUCACCCAUUAACGCUCACGAUGUCCAAAGGUAACAGUGCGCAAAGAGCGAUACAUAUGGAGGCGCUCGGUGCUAAGUGCGUCAGAGUGCCCCAGGUGGAGGGAACCUACGGCAACGUCACACUAGCGGAUGUGAAACAAGCCGAAGCCGAAGGUCUGAGGUUAGUGGAUGAGUUGGGAGCGUACUAUGUCAACCAGUUUAACAAUGAGGCCAAUGCGGAGGCGCAUUACAAAACAACAGGACCCGAAAUUUGGAGACAAACCGGUCACCGUGUGGACGCUUUCGUUGCUACCGUGGGUACAGCCGGUACUUUUACAGGUACAUCGAAAUACUUGAAAGAGAAGAAUCCGGAGUUGCUGUCGGUUGUUGUAGAGCCGACUGGUUCGGAGCCCAUCAAAGGGAAGGAGAUUACUAAACCCCUCCACUUGCUCCAAGGAUCCGGCUACGGUUGCAUACCCAACCUCUUCAAGUUCGAUUACAUGGACGACACAAUCAGCGUCACAGACGAGGAGUCCGUCGAAUACAAGAAUCUGAUCGGAGAAAAAGAGGGAUUGUACGUUGGAUACACGAGUGGUGCCAACGUGGCGGCAGCUGUUAAACUUUUACAGUCAGGCAGGCUACCAAAAGACGCGUGGGUGGUAACCGUGUUGAACGAUAGCGGCUUGAAAUACACGCCUGUUCCAAGGGACUGUCAG